AUGCUACCAAGUGCAACAUAUUCAUUAGAAGAAUGUAUAGAUCAUAUUGGAUUGGGAAGAUAUCAAUGGCGUUUGAUAGCUAUACUUGGUUGUUGUUCAAUGGCUGAUGCAGUUGAAAUGAUGCUUUUGGCUAUUUUAGGACCAGCACUUACGUGUUAUUGGCCAGAUGUUACACAAGUACAAAUAGCUGCAUUAACUACUGGUGUAUUUGCUGGUAUGUUAGUUGGAGCAUUCACAUUUGGUGUUAUAGCCGAUAAAUACGGACGACGACGAGUAAUUUUUACUAGUGCAGUACUGAAUACUAUAUUUGGAGUUUUAACAGCAUUUGCACCGAGUUAUUAUUGGAUACUUGUAGCAAGAAUUUGUGUUGGGUUUGCAUUAUCAGGAGCUUCUCAAGGUUCAACACUAAUGCUUGAAUAUUUACCAUCAAGUACACGUGCAACAAUUACAAUUGUUAUCGAAUUAUUUUGGUCCAUUGGUAGUAUUUUUGAAUAUGUUCUAGCUAUGUAUAUUGUUCCAACAUAUGGAUGGCGAAUAUUAACAGGUCUUUCUGCUCUACCAAUAUCAAUUGUUGCUAUAUGUAUGUAUUUCGUACCUGAAUCACCUCGUUAUUAUGUUGCUUGUGGUCGUACUGAAAAAGCUGAACAUAUUUUAAAAUCAAUUGCAUUAACUAAUAAUCGUUCACUUCCACCAGGAAAACUUCGUGAUACCAAUGCACAAAAUGAAUGUGGUUCUGUUAAACAAUUAUUUCAUAAAAAUUAUAAACGUACAACAUUUUUACUUGCAUUUAUGUGGAUGACUGUAUCAAUGAGUUAUUAUGGUUUAAUAUUAAUUAAUACAUCUAUAAUGACACUACUUCCGAAUGAUUCUAAACCAAUUAUAGACACAAUUACAGUUAGUCCAGUAAAUCAUUGUAAACCUUUAACAACCGAUGAUUACAAAUCAUUAAUAUUUACAACAUUUGGUGAAAUGUUUGGCAUUCCUUUAGUAUUACUUUGUCUUACAUAUUGUGGUCGUCGUACAACAUGUAUGAUAAAUUAUUCAUGUGCAUCUAUUUGUUUUGCAUUAUUCUCAAUGUCACAAGGAAAACCAUGGAUGAUCAAUUCGAUUACAUUUGUAACGCGAAUGUUUAUUAAUGCACAAUAUGGUUUAAUAUAUUUAUAUACAAUGGAAGUCUAUCCAACUGUGAUACGUGCUAUGGCUAUUGGAUCUGCAUCAUCAAUGGCAAGAGUUGGUGCUAUGAUUACACCAUUUUUAGCUCAAGUUUUAAUAAAAAAAACUUUUUAUGGAACUAUUGCUGUUUAUGUAACAGCAACAGCUGUAGCAGCACUAUGUUCAUAUUUAUUACCAAUUGAAACAAAAGGUCGUGAAUUAAAGCAAGCAACAUCUGAUCAUCAUGAAACUUCGAUUGCAACAACAGAUGAAAUCACUGUACCUUCAUGGAAGACAACCGUUGAUAAUAUAACAGGAAUAAUGAAUGUAAAUAAUGAAAAUACCAAUAAACGUUAUCAACUCUUGCGACAAGAAGAUAUUAGUGAUGAAGAUCUGUAA